AUGUCCCUUCUUCUUGCACAUCAGAUGAUUCACACAGGAGAGAAACCAUUCUCUUGUUCAGCUUGUGGCAAAUGCUUUAGUAGAAAGGGCAAUCUUGUAAGACAUCAGAUUAUUCAUACGGGAGAAAAGAAAUCCACAUGUUCAGAAUGUGGAGAAUGUUUUGCAUAUAAAUCAAGGCUGGUUGCCCAUCAAAUGAUUCACACUGGGGAGAAACCUUUCUCAUGUUCUGAAUGUGGUAAAGGCUUUACUAUUAGCUCAGAUCUCAUUAAACAUCAGAGGCUUCAUACAGGAGAGAAACCAUUCCCACGUGCUGCCUGCGGGAAAUGUUUCAAUAAAAAGGGCAAUCUUGUUAGACAUCAGAUGAUUCACACAGGAGAAAAGAAGGUCACAUGCCCCGAAUGUGGGGAAGGAUUUUUAAAUAAAUCAAGACUUGUUACACAUCUGAUGAUUCACACAGGAGAGAAGCCAUUCCGGUGUUCUCAUUGUGGGAGAUGUUUUACAGGUAAAUCAAGCCUCGUUUACCAUGAAAGAACUCACACGGGAGAGAAACCAUUCUCGUGUCCUGAAUGUGGAAAAUGUUUUACUGACAAAUCCUGUCUUGUUACCCAUCAGAGGAUACACACAGGAGAAAAACCGUUCCCUUGUUUAGAAUGUGGAAGAUGCUUUACUGUUAAGUCAAGUCUUGUUAAACAUCUAGGGGUUCACAAAGAAGAUAAACCAUUCUCGUGCUCUGAAUGCCGGAAGUUCUUUUCAGUUAAAUCCAGUUUUGUUAAACAUCAGAGAAAUCAUAUGAAAAAGAAUCUUUGUGAGCUUAAAGACAGUAACACUAGUAAAACUAACACAUGA